CUUGCAUAUAGCAACGCAACAGUGCCUGGAGCUCAUCGACUUGUAUUUUAUCCAUCGGCUCUACUGCCACUUAAUACUUUAGACCAAGGCGACCAGCUUGCGGCAAAUCUCGGCCACUGCCCAGCAAAGGGCUACGAGGCUCGCGCAUGGAGGCAGAGCAACUCAAGGCUCUUGGUGAUCAGCAUUACAAGGCAGACAACUUCAAUGAGGCCAUCAUAGCAUACGAAAAGGCGUCGCUGCUUGCAUCGGAGGCCCAGGCUCCGACCUAUCUGUCAGAUCUAUCUGCAGCCUACUACGAGCUCGGCGACUAUGAACACGCCCUCGAAGCCAUCGACCGCGCCUUUGAGCAGCUGCAUGUCAUUACACCGACAGAAUCGAGCGUUUCGGCUCUUGAUCUGAAGCUUCGACUGCGAGAAUGUCGUUGUCUCCUCCAAAUGCAAGAGUUUGACCAGCUUCUGGACGCGAUACAAGAAGUGGCGCAGACUGUAUACGACGAGCAUGUCGAAUUUGGUGUCAUUGAAGACGCAGCUUUACAUUCUCUUGAUCAACUCUCCGUCUGGGGCUCAUCUAAAGCCAAUAAGUUUGUUACAAGUCUACCUCGCAAGCGUCCGCAAGCCAAAGCCAAGCGGAAAUGUCGCCAAGCUAUGUCCUAUGACAAGGUUGGAGCCACAAGCUUCCUCUCAACGCCAGGCACGGACGAGAUCAUCGACCCAAAUUGCCACCUGCGCAUAGAUGAGCUCAAGUGGAGCCAUCUCAGCUUCUUUGGUGGCAACGUGGACAUGCGACAUGUAAUCGCCACAAUGAUUGAUGUCUACGAUCAAAAUCCAAAGGCUGGAUUCAGUCUCAAAAUGCUACUAAUGGACGAGGACCCCUGUGUCGUUGCCCGGAGUACCAUUCUCUUUUUCCUCAUUGACGAGCUCAGCCGGCAUGAUCUCGACAACCCGACAACGAGCUCGGUAGAGCUGAUGACCUUGAUGCACUAUACUUAUGUCGGCGCUAUGAUGCCUCUUUGGGUACAUGAAAGGCUGCUUUCUACGAUCCGCGUCAUUAGCACAAAGCUCUGUUCAGGCCAAGGCAUUCCUGCAUGGCUUGAUUUUUCGCUAGAAACGAUUGAUCAAAUCAUGCCAGUCUUCAAGUACUGGACUGGUGCUGCAGUGGAUCAAGUCAGUAUUGAGCAAUGCAUGUCAAUGCAAAAGUCCGCUGCAGGACCGAUGGACGAACAUCCGCAGUCGGCAGCUGGAAAGCAGCAGGCAGCCGAUUUGCGCAUCUCUGCCCGGAAUGACUUGCAGAUGGUGAUAGGGAACUUUUCAGCAGAUCAACUUGACCACAUUUUACACAAAUCUUGUCCAAACUUGGCUAAAAUGACUCUCAAGGGGAAGCGCGAAACGGCUCUCAAGCUGUUUGCAAAUGAUGAAGCACUCGAUGCCUUGAAUCGCAAGCGCUGGGUGCCGGAUGGUCUGCUCAUUGAACACUCAACAUUCUACCAAGGAGGUCUGAAGAUGCUCUACAUGCCUGCUCAGGUGCACCACAGAGAGCCAAAAUUGGCAGAGCACGUUAAACAGCUCUGGAAUGGCUGGGCCAAUUUCAGUAGCGGUGGCAAGCGCAUUUCCAAGAACGAGCCUCAGCUUGCUCCGCUCGAGGCCGCUAUCGAGUACAUCAAGCGGCAUUGGAAAACCAAUGUCACGCUUUUGCCACUAGCAUCGGAUGAAGCGGACCUUUCAUUUGAUCCCUUUGCAAUCAUGCACUUUGCUACGUCGCGCGAGCCGCCACUUGCAAAGCCAUUGUGGUUGUAUGAUUACACCUCACACUGGUUCACUCGAGCGGCCAAGUCAGUAAAGAAACAUGGCUUCGUUCUCUACCUUGAAUGGCGCAUAGGCGAUUCUCAUAUUGCACUUGAGCAGAUCUUGAGGUCUGAAGAAGGCCGGUUUGACUUGUUUGACCGCAUUUACUUGUGCGAAGAAGCCGAUCAGCACGGAGGUUUAUUGGCACAAGUCUUUGACUCUUUCCCAAAUCUAAAUAUUGGGAACCACGCCUUUUUGGCCUGUCGACUGCCUGAGACUAAGGCAAGUGAGUACGAGCGCAUACUGCUGGAUGGUACUGCCUUGCCAGAUCUUGCUACGCUUCAAGAACACCUUGGAAUCACUAUGCAUGGAUCGACACCACUAGCGAGCCGCUUUUGUAAUGAAUACGCCCGAUGGCGACCACUCGCGGGUCUCAACACAGCGAACCGUCUCGGCGAUCGGAGCGGACUGAAACGUGAAGCACUGACAGAUUGGCUCUAUCAAGUUUUUCUUACACUCGCACUACCAAGAAAACGUCCAGCCAAGUCAAAGGCGCCCUUACCCACCGAGCCACUGAAUUUGCAUGCAUUCUUCCGGCUCUUACUCUAUCUUCAAUCUGUCGGCAUCCCCGGGCAUUGGCUAGGUCAGGUAAUUGAUAACUUGAUCCAGCAUCGCGUUGUGACACGAGCGCGUCCUCUGCCUGCCUGGCAAGAAACAUCCUCCGCAAGCGCCACACCCGCAGUGCAAGGAGCAACACCGUCUGGCUGCGUGUCAUCCACGACAGCUGCUAAGCCCUUUUGUGUCAUGCCUUUUGCGCUGGAGAUGGAGGCAGCCUUAUGCAUUUGGUUCCCGCUGUUGACUUUCGGUGUCACUUGCGUUGAUUUCCCAGACGCAAAUGGCAUCAGGCUCUAUACGGUUAAAUUUGGACCACCUCCCCAGACAACUGCGAAUAGUGCCUCUGAUGCCGACGAUCAGGCACCUUUGUCUCUUUGGUUCUCGCAAACCAACAAGCGAUCGCUUGGUAUCGAUCUAUCUCGGGAUCUCGUCGGCUCUCAUGCUGCUGCGCCAGGCAUCCGACUGGUGUCAUCCUUCAACUGGGACCCUAUCGAGCGGCAGGCAAGCUUCCUUUGCUGGGGACUGUCUAUGGACUACCUCGUAACCCACGGCUGGUACCUCAGGCUUGUCAAGACAGGUCUCUGGGAGACUGCAAGUGCUGUGGUCAGUGUCAAGAUGUGCAAAGCCGGUAUUGCGCUGAGUGAGUAUCAAGAGCCGCUUUGAUGGUAUUUGUUACUUUAUAAUUUACAUAUGUGAUGUAUAUGGGGAAUGUAGAGGGUGAUUA